UUUAGCGCAGAGGUUGGGCACGAUAAGGACUUCCUUGCGUCUGCCCUGGCCUACCACCUCGACCUGCGAGGCCCCGCGGAGACGGUCGCCACCUCCUGCUCCUCCUCCCUCGUCGCGGUCGCGCGCGCCGCCCACGCCAUCCGCCUUGGCCUCUGCGAGACCGUCCCCCGCCAUCAAUUAGGCGCCUCCUGCUCGCCCGACGACCCCGUCCGCUCUGUGGCGGGUAUGAUCUGGGCGGCCGACGGCGUCUGCCGACCCUUCUGCGACGCUGCAGCGGGGACCGUCCCUGCCGACGGCGCGGCGCUGGUGGUGCUCACGGCGGCGUCGGUACGCCGAGCGUACGCGACUCUGGAGGGGGUCGGCCUCAACAACGACGGCGGCCGCAAGUCGACCUUCAGCCAGCCCUCCGAGGCGGGGCAGAGGGAGGUCAUCGCGAUGGCCCUCGCCGACGCGGGUCGCGAGGCGGCCGACGUCGACUAUGUCGAGGCGCACGGCACCGGCACGCGG